CUUCAAUUUAAAUUAAAUUAAACACAAAAAUCCUUUAGACCAAAAGCAAAUAAAAUUCCGGACUUCGAAGGAUCCGUAAAAAAAAAAAACCAAAAACUAAAAUUAUAGUAAUAAAACAAAUCGUAGUAAAACAAUUCAAUGGUGUAAUAACAAAAGAUAAUGGCUAAGAAGGGAGGAGUUCAGCAGCUGCAGGCCGACAUACAAACCGAUGAGGAUUUUGAAAAAUUUCUUGAGCGUCCCGGGUUAUUGGUGUUGGAUAUCUAUUCGGAAUGGUGUGGGCCCUGUCUCGGCAUGGUAGGCAGUUUGCGUAAAAUAAAAUUGGAAAUUGGGGGCGAUAAUUUGCACCUAGCUAUUUGCAAAUCGGAUUCGAUCUCUUACCUGAAACGUUUCUGCAAGAAGAGUGAGCCCACAUGGAUGUUUGUUACUAAUGGCAAAGCGACCAACCUAUUAUUCGGCUCAAAUACACCGAAACUAAUGAAACUAAUCGCCCAUGAACUCGAAAUGCUCAGCAAGCCAAAUCGCAAUCUCUACGACAUCACUGAACUCCAGCCGGAGGAGGAAAGUCGUCUCAAAAUCAAGCAGCAUGCCGAGAUGGAGGCGCUAAACAAGGAGGAGGCUGCGAAGCAGAAAAAGCGCAUCGAUUAUUUGAACUCAAUGACUGACAUUAUAAUCGAAAAUAUACCGGACAUGGGUGUGACUGUUUUCGGGCCACAUAUCAAUCGUGAUAUGUACAAGAAGUUACUCGAGCCGGCGGAAAAUAUGAAGUUGCAGUGCAAGGAUCGACGUGUCAUCAAUGUUAGUCGUGCCGACUUUGACGUGGUGAACUACGCAUGCCCGAAUCCCUUGCCCGACGAUGUGAUGGAGCAGUUGGAUCAAAAGGACCUGAUGAUGUGCUUUUGGAAAAUGCCGGAAGAUGAUCGUCGUCCCAUACCUGAGGUUUUGAAUCAGUAUGCACACGAGCUAAUGGUGGAGCAUCAUGAAGUAGAUGUCCUCACCGAAGAAGAUAUAGUGCAUCCACCAAUUAUAUUGCCGUUAGACUUGACAAUCGAAGUAGAGUUAGAGGAGGGUGAAGUAUGGGAGGAACCUGAACCGGAACCAGAGCCAGAACCUUUGCCCAAAAAGACGCCUGGGAAGAAAGAAGAAUCCGCAGCUGCUGCCGAGACUGUCGAAGGCGAAGAAGAUGAAGGUGAGGAAGGCAGUGAAGGUGAUGAAGGUGGCGAAGGAGCCGAAGCUGGCGAAGGACCGGAAGCCCCCGAUUUACCGGAAUUACAAAUGGAUGCUUUUGAUGCCGAUUUUGAUUUAAAUGAUGAAGAGGAGGAGGGAGAGCAGGAAGCUGAGCCGGAAGAAGUUGAAGUUGUCGUACAGAAACGGUACCGCAAGAAAAUCAUACGCAUUCCCCCCAUUUGGGUGGCGGGCAAUGCGCGCACGCAUGCCACCCUCAUUUAUGUCUUCUUCCGCCAACAAACAACCGGCUUUUUACCACCUGACCCGACACCGGAGCCGCCACAUAUCGUCAUGGCGUUUGAUGCAUACAAAAAACGUGACUUACUGAGCGUUGCGGAACGUCUCAAGGACGAUGUGCCACUUUAUGGUUUCUUCACCAGUGACGAAGCAGACGAAGCAAAGUUGAUCGCAAACUCCGUCUCUAAAUAUGCCACAAUGCCGCAAAACCCCUCGGACAAGAUUGUCUUCAAAGUGAACAAGCAAACCUCAAACACGAUGCUCUCUUUGGCCACUUACGGGCCAAGCUACGUCAGCGCAGAUGCCGUAAUUGGGCAUGCAGAGGCGCUUAAAUUCUUCCCAGACACUUAUAAAACAGCGGAACAAGAGGCCAUCGAAGAGGCAGAAAGAGAAGCUGAAAACCCGAAAAAGAAGAAACGUCGCACGAAAGUGGACGAAGUAGCGGAACCCGCCGUAGCCACGAGCGGUGAAGAUAGUAGCGACAGUCGACCAGCAACGGCGCCAGAAGAGAGUGACGUUGGCGAAGCUGCAGCAGCGCAAAUCGUCGAAGAUGGUGAGGCGCCACCAGAGGGGGCACCAGCAACCGAAAUUGUUGCACCACCAGCAGCAGAGGCAAGCGAAGCGGCUGAUGCAGCUACCAGCGAUGCAUCGCCACCGGCGCCAGCAGAAGGAGAAACGCCUGCAGAGGCGUCCGCUGCAGAGGAAAAUGUGACUCCAGCAGAAUAAGUAGGAAACACAAACGGCAAUGGAAAAUUUUGUUACACCGUUUAAGGUUGCUAUUGCACACAAAUUUUGUAUAUAAAAUUAACGAUUUUACGACUUCGAAGCUGUGUAUUUAUUUCAAACGUUACAGAUAUUUAUGUACAUAUCAUAUAUUUAUGUAUACAUAUUUAGUAGGUAUAAAACGUUUAGGUUUUUCUUCUAAGCUACACAUAAAAUAAUUCAAUAUAU